AUGGUUCACCUGGUUGAGGAAGAUGUCAGUGUCAGAUCCCUGGAUCCUUCCAGAGUCCCCGAACCUUCUACAUCAAGGUCCAGUUAUGCAUGCCGAGACCUCCAAUCUGCAUCUGAGGGCAUGGCGGUUGAGCGGGGCAUCUUAGAGCAAAGGGGUCUUUCUGAUUGUGUUAUUACUACUCUGUUGGCGGGCAGAAAAAAGGUAACUUCUCAAAUUUAUUUAAGAACUUGGAAAGCCUUUGGUAGAUUCAUGCAAAACCCUAUUGAUGUUCUUAAAACUCCUGACAUCCCAAAAAUAUUUGAUUUUUUGCAAGCGGGUCUAGAUAAACAGCUUAGACCCAGUACUUUAAAAGUUCAAGUGUCCGCACUUAGUGCUCUUUUUGAUUAUAAACUAGCGGAACAUCCCUGGAUUAAAAGAUUUCUAUCAGCAACAGUUAGGAUGUCUCCGGUGGUUAGACCAUUGGUUCCACCUUGGGACUUAAAUAUUGUCCUAAAUAGUCUCACUAAAACUCCCUUUGAGCCAUUAGUUGAGGUUCCCUUAAAGAUUCUUACCUUUAAGCCUGUGUUUCUUUUGGCAGUCACGUCCGCCAGGAGGGUUGGGGAAAUUACUAGUUUCUCUAUGAACCAGCCCUAUUUGUCUGUCUUUAAUGAUAGAGUGGUGUUGUCUCCUGAUCCAGCGUUUCUCCCCAAGAGGGUCUCUGACUUCCAUAGAACUCAAGUUGUGAUUCUACCUUCCUUCUGUGAAAAUUCUAAAAAUGACAAGGAAAAAGAAUUCCAUUGUCUAGAUGUUAGGAGAUGUCUUCUUCAUUAUUUGGAGAUAUCUAAAGAUUGGCGCCUAUCGCCUAAGUUGUUACUCCAAUUCCAGGGGCCGAAUGAAGCAUCUUGUCCUAGGUUGUUGGAACAAGCAAUUUCAGACUCUUGUUCUUCUGUUUUAGUGGUUUCUAGAAUGAAACUAGGUGAAAAUGCUAAAUUUUUAGAUUAUCAAGAAAGUGAGUCGCAGCUCCAAAGUGGGACUUAUAGAAAAAAUGGUGUCCUGAGAAGUCGGAGUUCUCUGAUUCUGUCUCAAGAACCAAGUCGCAGUAUAUUUCACUCUAGAUCAGCUCCAACAGCAGAAGAGGUUGAGGUUAGAUUUCAUGUAGGUGACCAAGAAGAGGAGGAUGAAACCAGAAAUGUCCUUUUUACACAGCUUAAUGAACUUUUCACAAUACAUGAAGAUGUAAUAUGGAAGGAAACAGCAAGGUGGAUUAAAUUUGAAGAGAAAACUGAAGAUGGAGGAGAAAGAUGGAGUAAACCGCAUGUAACCACACUUACCUUGCAUAGUUUAUUUGAGUUAAGAACAUGUUUUGAAAGAGGGAUUAUUUUGCUGGAUGCAGAAAAUAGCACAUUCAAAGAAAUUGUGGAGCAAAUUCUAAAACAAAGGAUUUCUAGUGAUAGAACAACUGAAGAGGAAAAUGAAAACAUACUACAUACCCUUCUUCAAGGACAUGUACACCACAUAAAAAAAUCAUACAAAAAAAUGGUUAAAGAUGUUAUUACAUUAUCAUACAAAGGCAAGAAGUCAUCUCCGAAAAACACACUUCUAGAAUUACCUGAAAAGCCUUCACGUGAACAGCUGAAAAAUAAAUUCAGAAAAAAGAUCCCUAAUGAAGCAGAAGCAGCAAAUAUUCUUGUCGGUGAGGUGGACUUUUUGACUCAGCCAUUUGCUGCUUUCAUUCGAAUGAAAGAGGCAGCUGUACUUGGCACAUUGACAGAAGUGGCUCUUCCAACUAGAUUUAUUUUUAUUCUGCUGGGUCCUAGAAGAAAAUUAAAAGCUUAUCAUGAAAUUGGUAGAGCCAUUGCCACCUUACUCACCGAUGAGUUGUUCCGGAGAAUUGCAUACAAGGCUAUCAACAGAGAUGAACUAAUCGCAGGAAUUGAUGAUUUUUUAGAUGAAGUUGCUGUUUUACCUCCUGGCAAAUGGGAUCCAACUGUGCGCAUACAACCUCCCAAAUUUGUGCCAUCAGUACAGAGAAGGCAAGCUGUACUACAAAGAGAAUCAAAAAGUCCCUGCAAUGGAAAACACCAUGAUACAGAGAAAUUACCACAUGGACAUUCUCAUGUCAGUGAAGAACUAUUAAAAACAACAAAGUUAUUCGGUGGACUCAUAAGAGAUGUGAAAAGAAAGACACCAUGGUACUGGAGUGAUUUUUAUGAUGCCCUCAAUCUCCAAUGUUUUGCAUCAAUUUUGUUUAUCUAUUUGGCAACUGCAACUAAUGCUAUCACUUUUGGGGGUAUGCUGGGAGAUUCAACAGAUAACAUGCAGGGGGUCCUUGAAAAUUUUGUAGGCACAGCAAUCUGUGGUGGAUUUUUUUGUCUAUUUUCUGGGCAGCCACUAACUAUUCUAAGCAGUACAGGGCCUGUGCUUGUGUUUGAAAGACUUUUAUACAAUUAUAGCAAAGACUACAAUUUGGAAUAUUUAGAAUUUAGACUUUGGAUUGGACUUUGGGUGGCAUUUUAUUGCAUCAUUUUGGUGGCCACUAAUGCGGCUUACUUGGUGCAGUAUUUUACUCGUUUUACAGAAGAAAGCUUUUGUGCAUUAAUAAGCUGUAUCUUUAUCUAUGAUGCUGUGAAAACAAUGCUGAAGCUGGCUGAUCACUUUCCAGUUAAUUGGAGCUACAACACCAAUAACAUAACCCAGUACAAUUGUAUAUGCAGUAUACCUGAAAUGGUUAAUGAGUCUGCAAGCAAUUUAACUUUGUAUGAUUCUUAUUAUGGGAAUAUUCAAGAUCCUAUAAAUCUGACACAAGGGCAGUGUACUACAUUGGGUGGACAUCUAGUGGGAAGCAGCUGCAACUACGUACCAGAUGUUUUUCUUAUGUCUGUAAUCCUGUUUCUGGGCACAUUUAUUUGUACUUCUUCUCUAAAAAGCUUCCAGACAAGCAGAUAUUUAUCUACAUCUAUAAGAAAGAUGGUUGGUGAUUUUUCAGUUAUUGUGACUAUAGUUAUUUUUUGUGCAAUUGAUGUUAUGUGUGGACUAGAAACUCCAAAACUAGUAGUUCCAAAUGAAUUUAAGCCAACCAAUCCAAAUAGAGGUUGGUUUGUAUAUCCUUUUGGAGGAAAUCAGUGGUGGGUAUGCCUGCUAUCUGGCAUUCCAGCAAUUUUGAUCACAAUUCUUUUAUUCAUGGACCAGCAAAUCACUGCAGUCAUACUUAACCGCAAAGAGUACAAGCUGAAGAAAGGUGCAGGCCUUCAUUUGGACUUUUUCUGUAUAUCUUUAUUGAUCAUCGUGACAUCCUUCAUGGGUCUUCCAUGGUAUGUGUCUGCCACAGUAAUCUCUCUUGCACACAUGAAUAGUCUAAAAAUGGAGACUACUGUGUCUGCUCCUGGAGAACAGCCAAAAUUUCUGGGCAUCAGAGAGCAAAGAGUAACUGGCUUAAUAGUCUUCAUCCUGACUGGUGUAUCUGUGUUUUUGUCUCCAGUUCUUAAGUAUAUACCAAUGCCUGUAUUAUAUGGAAUCUUUCUCCAAAUGGGCGUGGCUGCUUUAAAAAGUAUUCAAUUCACAGAACGGUUGAAAUUACUACUUGUUCCACCAAAGCAUCAGCCAGACCUAAUAUACCUUCGCCAUGUUCCACUGCCGAAAGUCCAUUUCUUUACCCUCAUUCAGCUGUCUUGUUUGGUCAUCUUGUGGAUACUGAAAUCAACUGUGGCAGCAAUUAUCUUCCCCUUGAUGCUGUUGGCUCUUGCUGGUAUACGGAAGGCAAUGGAGUGUAUUUUCUCUUUACAUGAUCUGAGCUGGCUGGAUGACAUUUUGCCAGGGAAAGUUGUUACUGAUGAAGAAGCUGAGGCAGAAGAGCCAGAUUCAACUGACAGUGAAGAUUCGGAGUUAAAAUAUCAAGAAAAAGCUCCUGAAAUUAAUAUUUCAGUAAAUUAGAACAGGAAUACUCAUCAUUCUCUUCUGCAACAACAAAUGGCUCAGUCCUGCUUUUUGCUAUAAAAACCCACAGAAAAAGACUACAUCUGGACUUUUAACUGUGUUUAACAUUUGCUGCUGGAUGGACAAUAUUGGGUUUGGCUUAGGAUUAUUUCUACUGAAUAGUAUUUAUAUAUGUUUUUACUUUUCUGUCUUAAGUUUUUAAAUCUAAACUGAAAUGCUAGACCUUUUUAAUGAAAUGUCAGAAGUAUUGUUCCUUUUUUUUGUAUGUCAUUAUUUAUUUUCCAAUGAUGACAGCCAUUGUUCAUCUGAUGUUGAAAAGAAUGUAACCAGGCAUUUUGUUGCAAGUAUUUAUUGUUUAUUUAAUCCCAUUGUUAUUAUUGAGUCAAAAUCUUUGUUUUUUCCAAUAAAGAAAA